GGGACACUGUCGCACACCGGUCAAACUUUUACAGUGCGCUCAAAGGUACAAUACAAGUGCUGAUCCCGGGUGAGAAAGAGGCUUACAUUGUGAAGGUGAAGGUUAAACAACUGGAUGGUGACAAAGCCACUGUGGAGACCAAAGAUCUUUGCACACUCUUCGCAUUCUCUCAACCAGCUUCAGGAGGCAGUCACCUGGAAUGCAUUUCAAUUAACAGGACAAUGAUCCGACACACCUCCAGGCUGUGGAGGGCUGCAUCAGGUGACCAGGCCUCCACAAUCACCCGACCUCAACCCAAUGUAGAUAGUUUGGGUUGAGUUGGACCACAGAGUGAAGGAAAAGCAGCCAACAAGUGCUCAGCAUAUGUGGGACCUCCUUCAAGACUUUUGGAAAAAGCAUUCCAGGUGCGGACAAGGCCUCCUACCUGAUUUGGAUCAAUUCAGGUGCCCUCACCAAAGGUCUGCUGCACCCUCGGGUCAAAGUGUGUAAUAAGUACGUCGUCAAGGGCCAGACUGUUGAGCAGGUGAACUACUCAGUUAGAGCUCUAGCCAAAUCCACCUAUGCAUGUUCAACUGGAUGAUGAGCCGGAUCAACAAGAGCCUCUACACGGCCCUGCCAAGACAGCCGGAUCAACAAGAGCCUCUACACGGCCCUGCAAGACAGCCGGAUUAACAAGAGCCUCUACACGGCCCUGCCAAGACAGCCGGAUCAACAAGAGCCUCUACACGGCCCUGCCAAGACAGCCGGAUCAACAAGAGCCUCUACACGGCCCUGCCAAGACAGCCGGAUCAACAAGAGCCUCUACACGGCCCUGCCAAGACAGCCGGAUCAACAAGAGCCUCUACACUGCCCUGCCAAGACAGCCGGAUCAACAAGAGCCUCUACACGGCCCUGCCAAGACAGCCGGAUCAACAAGAGCCUCUACACGGCCCUGCCAAGACAGCCGGAUCAACAAGAGCCUCUACACGGCCCUGCCAAGACAGCCGGAUCAACAAGAGCCUCUACACGGCCCUGCCAAGACAGCCGGAUCAACAAGAGCCUCUACACGGCCCUGCCAAGACAGCUGGAUCAACAAGAGCCUCUACACGGCCCUGCCAAGACAGCCGGAUCAACAAGAGCCUCUACCAAGACAGUUCUUCAUCUGUCUAUUGAACAUUGAAGGGUUCCUGAUCUUCGAGGUUCAACAACUUUGAGCAGCUGUGCAUCAACUUCCCCAACGAGAAACGACAACAGUAUUUCAACCACAACAUGUUCAUCCUGGAGCAGGAGGAGUAUAAGAGGGAGGGUAUUGACCUUCAUCGACUUUGGCUUGGAUCUACAAACCUGUAUCAACCUCAUAGAGAAGUCCAUGGGCAUACAGUACACUGUCCAUCCUGGAGGAAGAAUGCAUGUUUCCAAAGGCCCCUGAUGUCAGCUUUAACACCAGGCUGUAUGACAACCACGUGGGCAAGUCUCCCAACUUCAUCAAGCCACGGCUCUGACAAGAAACGUAAAUACGAGACCCACUCCGAGCUGGUGCACUACGCUGGAGUGGAACGUGCUCCAGUCUGUUUAUUUGAAACAUUUUGAUCCUUUUUUAACAGUUAAAACAUGUCGUCUUCAUGACACCUGAUAUUAAUCCAUGUUAAAGGUAUUAUUUCUCACCAUUGACCCAUCCUCUACCGUCACCCAUCUCCAGGUCCCGUACAACAUCAGAGGGUGGCCGGACAAAAACCAGAGACCCCUUAGAUGAGACAAUAGUCACCUGCUUACAGGGAUCAGUUAAUAAACGGUUAGCAUGCCUUUUUAGAGAACUUUAUCGGUAGCGAUGCAGCUAUUGACGGUGACACAACUUUACAUUUUCACAAACUACACUAAAUAGGGAAAUGAAGUCAUCGUGAUCUACAGUUUGACUGUUCAGCUGCUGAUUCAAAAGACAGGGGCCAAAGAGAAGAGGAAGAGAGGGGCCUCCUUCCAGACCGUGUCACAGCUUCACAAGGAGGCAUGGACCCAUUCCAGGUCCUUCAGCAGUUGCGAUGUAACGGAGUACCGGAGGGAAUUCCGUAUCUGCAGGAAGGGCUUCCCCAACCGGAUCCUCUAUGCAGAGUUCAAACUACGACGGGCAUAGUACCUCUGUAACACAUACAGUAUACAUGUAGAACUUUAAAAAUCACAGAGACACAAACACGUGUACCAUCUUAUUAUCAAAAUGGCAAUUUUGUGAAGAGUCAAGGACGUACCUAUGUGUUUCCUGGUGUGUGUGCUAUCCUGGUGUGUGUGCUAUCCUGUGCAGGUACCGUAUCCUGAACCCCAUGGCUAUCCCUGAGGAAUCCUUUGUGGACAGCAGGAAGGCUGUUGAGAAGCUGCUGAGAUCGCUGGACACAUUGACCACACCCAGUACAAGUUUGGAAUGAAUCACCAAGUGGUGAAGAACUGGCCCUGCUUUUCUUCAAGCUCAGGCCUCUCCUGAGGAGCACCACGGCAGAGGAGCUGGCCCUGCUUUUCUUCA